CUUCCCACGCCCACACUGGAUUACAAAUCAAUUCACUAAUUGAUUUUCCUCAAUUUGUCUCCGCCUCUGAUUGCAAAGAAUCGUUGACCGUAUGUACCUACUCAAGGCGAAGCAGAAACAAGAAGAAGAGGACAGGCGCGAAGUGCUCGAGUUUCGCCGCAAGGCAAAAGAAGAGCAGCGUCUGAGACAGCAAGGUAUCGCUCCCAAACGCGCCGCAAAGGCCGUCGUUCACAAAGCCGUACCGGGAGAGAAAUCGAAAGGACACAACAAGAAAGCGAAAUAUGUUGGGUCUUUCUCUGUUCCGACGGCGGCGGGUAGAGCUCAGGCUGGUGUUGUGAAGCAGCAGAUUCCUAAGUUGGUGAUGCCCAAGAAACCGAGGACGGUCAUUGUCGUUGUUCAGAAGGAGGGCGUGAAAAUAUUGAGUGAGGAUGAAACGAGAGUGUUUAUGGCACAUGCUAUGUUUCGCAUCUCAUACACCACGUUUAUCUUGGACAAGCAAUACUUUGCCUUUGUUGCCAAGAAUCCUGGAGGACCGACGGCUGCUAGUUUUUGCCAUGUGUUUCAGACGGAGAAAAAGGACGAUGCUCGUCAGGUGAACAAGAUGGUAGGCGAUGCAUUCAAAGAAGUCUUUGCUGAGCAAAGAGAACGAACAAUGAAAGGAAAGAAACUUGCAUCACCAGCAGUGAUUACAGCUGGUGCAAACACACCAACUCCAGUUCGUGUUACAGCUGUUGGUCCGUACCCUGAAUCAUCCACACCUGUGGAUAAUCGAAAGUUGCAAAGGCCACAAAUCAAGUCAUCAGCUUCUGCACAGCCUGUGCACCAAGUAUCAUUGGCUCCAAAUAGCUCUCAUGCCCACCAGUUUCUUAUCUCUGCUCCCAUUCGACCAUCUGCUCCCGUCCUACCAUCUGCUCCGGUUCUACCAUCUGCUCCUGUUCAACCAUCUGCUCCUGUUCAACCAUUUGAUCCAAUGCUGGAUGAGGCUGAAGCUUUGAAGUUUGCUGAGUGGUAUCAAGGAGGUCUUCCAAGAGAAAUAGCUGUCGAGAUUCUAGCUCAAGAAAGUGAUGGAGCCUUUCUGAUUCGUGAUAGUCAAAGUCAACCGGGAUCAUACGUUUUAUCUAUGAAAUGUCCUCCAAAGCCUGGAGAACAGACGGGGCCUAUAUCAAACUACUUAAUUGUGAAAACUGCAAUGGGAUUAAAUGUGAAGGGUUUGAGCCAGAGGUGUUUUCCCAGUCUUUCCGCACUAGUUCUACACUACACCAGUCAUCAGGAUGGUCUUCCCUGUCAACUACAUCUUCACUCAUCCAAUCCAUUGUUUGCAACCGAUGAGGAUGACAUUGAAGAUGACCUGAAAUCAAGCGAUCCCGACUAUAAUGAUUUAGCUUUCACUAAAAUGCUCCACGAUCUUCAAGCAAUUUCUACGUAACAUUUGAAUUAUUGGAAUGGUCUUUGUAUGAACAGCUUGUACAAACUAAAUUUAUACGAGUUUGUAUUGCUAACCUCUAUUAAUUUAAUAAGUAUCAGGCAAAGCUAGU